AUGCUACGUCGGUUCAUAAGGUGCCUUAAUCAUGGUCUGUUUCAGCUUUCUCAAGGCAUCUGCGAUAUUUCAUUCGUCACCUCACCGUACGAGUUUUUCACUGAACUUCGUGACUCAUCAGCCUCUCCACGGACCUCUCGCCAUGAAACUGCUUCACCUCCGCUCAUUACUCCAUCCACCUCGCACCCCUCCUCUUCUGCUCAACUUCCCCCUACACUCACAGCGAAUAAUGACAACAAUGCCUCCAGCUCUGAGACUGCCACCAGUAACUUAUUAAAUCCGGAUGACGGCCAGACAGCCUCGUCUCGCUGCGCUUCCAUCGAAUCAGCCACACCACCGCCGGCGUCGAUGGACCACUUCAAUACCGUACUUUCCACGCUGUUUGGUAAAGGAGAACCUGCUAAGGACGUGCGUGUAAUUAAUGGGCCCCCACCGAAAGCCACGUCGCCUGCUCCGGAGAUCCCUGGUCCUGGACAGAUCAAGUGUCGUCUGUGUGGUAUCACAGUCAGUUGCAAAAAAAUCGCCAAUCUGACAGCUCACGCUCUAAAGAUCCACACACCAGUGCCAUUGUGGAAGUGUCCGAAAAGCGACUGUGAAUUCGAUCAUGCGGAUUUCACCAGGGUACGUUCCCACAUCCGAACUUCACAUCCAGAACUGCAAGGUGAAAUUCCUCGAGACAAUCGUAAUUCGGUUACCGUACCAGAAGCUCAACGCUACCUCGCCCACUGCUACCCUUCGAUCGAUUGGGCGCAUCAGUACGCAAAUAUCUUUCCGACCAUGAAAAAGGAUGGCCGAGAACAAGCACAGGCGGAACAACGUGAUCCCGCCUCCGAGUGGUAUACGGUAAUCGAUGAGAGCAAUCUGAACACACCAGUGCAAUGCAGCGCCUGCAGACUGAUGAUUCUUUGCGUGCAGGCCAAGUUAUUGGAACCAUCAUUUCAGGUUGCUCUCAACAAGCACAGCAUUGAAGAUCACGUGAAAACGAUGCACAGCAGCGGGCGACCUUACCAGUGUGGGAUGUGCAAAUACACCAGCGUCGAAGAAUGGAAAGUUCGAGUUCACGCGUCCAUCAAGCAUCCGGAAACACCUUGCCUUCAAAUGCUCACUGUAGCCUCGCACAGCAAACCCUACCUCUACAUCAGAGAACUUUUCCCGGAUAUAGCAGCUCUGCUACCUGAAGACGAAGUCGACGAAAUGCUCUAUGGUUUCCGUCAACUCAAUCCGUCCGUACUGCUCUCAGUGCCGACCUCACUCAAUUCGCUUUCCGACACUGUUGCCGAUAACACUGUCGCCGACUCUACCUCAUGUUUUGACCUCAAGCCGCCUAAGCCUCCUGCACCGCUCAACGAAGACACUCCGAUGUUACCGGAUCCAUUCCAAACAAUUUUUCUCGAACUGUUAAACAAUCAACACGCUCCUCUCCCUAUUAAACCGUCUCCUAUACGCAAAAACCAUAACUCACUAUCAGUCGAACGAUUCGGAAGUCGAGUAGAAUGCGCGAUGUGCAAAGCGCCAGUGGAGAGCAAGCGAACAAUGCUUGUCGGUCAUGCCAAAUCUCACUGUCCUCAAAGACAAGUUCGUGAAUAUCCUCUUUCUUUUUUCGCGUUUGGCUUUUCCAAAAUAGUCACUACGCUC